AUGGACAAUAAAUCCAAGGCUGGCGACCUGAAAGGCUACUUGACCGACGACAUAGAGCAAGUGAGCCCUACAAGCGAAACAAGCCCAUGGAAAGACUUAGAGGACAGUUACCCUGAAGGCGGGGCAGUCGCCUGGCUAACUGUCGCCGGUGCAUCUGCCAGCCUGUUUGUAUCUUUCGGCUGGGUUAAUUGUGUGGGAAUUUUUCAAAGCUAUUAUCACACACAUCAGCUAAAGGCAUACACCGAGUCAGAGGUUGCAUGGAUUUCCUCGCUCCAAGUUUUCUUCAUGUUGUUUUGUGGCCCAUUCUUUGGUACAAUUUUUGAUAAUUGGGGUCAUUCAUACCUGCUUAUGGUUGGAACCGCUCUCCACGUUGGUGGCUUGAUGCUUGCAAAUUUCAUGGAUACAUACGCUGGCCUUUUGCUUAGCCAAGCGGUUUGCUCAGGGCUCGGAGCAUCAAUGGUGUUCUACCCAUCGGUUACAUGUGUUGCAACUUGGUUCUUUCAACGACGAGCUGCCGCCCUGGGACCAGUCGUCGCAGGGUCUUCCCUUGGUGGCGUUAUUUUUCCCAUAAUGGUCAUACGUCUAAUUCCUAAAUGGGGCUUUGGCUGGACAAUGCGUGCCUGCGCCUUUCUCAUCCUCUGUUUGCUUAUCUUUACCAAUUUUACACUUAAAUCGCGCUUGCCGCCGUCGAAACGGCCCUGGAAAUUGGCUGAUAUGACCCAACCGAUGAAGGAGCCUGCAUUCUUGGCGCUAUCAGCCGCUAUCUUCUUCUACUACUGGGGUAUGUUUCUCCCCGUGACAUACAUUGUCGUUGCAGCUCGUAAGGAGGGGAUGUCUCAGAAUUUAGCCAACUAUAUGGUUCCUAUUCUUAAUGCUGCUAGUAUUCUUGGACGCACUAUACCCAAUAUCAUCGCCGACAAGGUUGGACGAUUUAACAUCAUGAUCAUGAUGUGUACUUUGACGACAACUCUUAUCCUCGGGCUCUGGAUGAUUGCCUCGGAUAACCUAGCUAUGAUUCUUUUUGCAGUGUUCUUCGGAAUCUCAUCAGGGUCGGGAGUCGGGCUUACUCCAGCUCUCGUUGCCCAGGUAUCCCCCAUUAAGGAGAUAGGUAUUCGGACCGGAUUGGCAUUUGCCAUCGGAUCGUUGGCUGGUCUGAGUGGAUCACCAAUUGGUGGCCAGAUUAUUGAGGCGAGCGGUGGUUCUCUGCGCUACAUGAUGGUGUUUGCCGGGGUUAACUGCACUAUCGGCACUGGAUUCUUUGUCCUUGCUAGAAUCAUCUUAGGCGGUAUGAAGAUGGCUAAGGUUUAG